CGAGACAGACGGAGGUGGAAGGGAAGGUCUUUCGUCGGGUCAGUUCCCGUUGCUCGGUUCUUUUAACAAAAGGUGUGUGUCAUCGCACAAAAAGCACGCGUUGCAAUCGGCUCCACCGCGUAGAAAGCUUAGAGCAAGCCUCUCAGCUACAAGAGCAAAUGCUCCGACAGGAAAAUCGCGGGCAACAAUCUAUGACGUCGCGCCCCGUAUCAGAUAUAUCUUGCCCUCCAGCUCUUGGCGACGAGAAGACAGUAAGAGGCCAGACUACUCGGCCCGUCUUCGAUAACCUCGGUAUCGACAGAUAGCGUCCACACGCAUCGCACGACUUGUGGCUCAAGUCGCUUCAGGCGGAAUCAUUCAGGAGGCAGCCAUAGGAAACAACCCACGCGGCAAUGGCUGCCCAGAGGAAGACAAACGCCGCCACGCGCUACGAACAAGUUCCCGCGAGGGAACCGGAAAAAGAACCCGAAGAUGACAGGGAUUACCUCUGCGGCGUCGGGAACUACAGACCCUGCUGGAUGCAGAGGUUCGCAACGUCCAGGUACUUCGCGCUCGUAUUUGGAGUGUUGGGCAUCUUCCAGGGCGCCUAUCGAACUUACCUGGUGGGAACGCUGUCCACGGUCGAGAAGCGAUUCUCUAUGUCCGGCCACAUGUCCAGCUUCAUCAUGAUCGCGGACGACAUCAGCCCGGUCAUGGGCACCGUGGUGCUCAUGCUGUGCCUGCGACGGACCAGCAAGCCUAACUGGGUCGCCGGCGGGAUGUUGCUAUCCGUCGUGGGAGCGGUGUCCAGUGUUUUGCCUUACGCCGUCUACGGGAAAGGGACUCAUCUUUUGGGAAACACGGGUCAGCCCGGGAACGCGCUGAGAACUCAGUUCUGUGGAGACGGGAACGUGGAUGCCGUGAGCUGCGGGAACCGAAAGGAAGAUCUGGGUUCCCUGGGUCCACUCAUUUUUCUCUUCAUGGGCAACUUCUUUAACGGGCUCGGUGGAACGGCUUACUACGUCAUUGGCACAACCUACAUGGACGAUAACGUGAAGAAAAAAAACUCGGCUCUUUAUUUUGGAUCGCUGUACGCCUUUCGGCUGAUGGGACCCGUCGUUGGAUUUUUUCUCUCGUCACUUUGUUUAAGUUAUCCCGAAGAUCUAAACGAUAAGCCCGACAUGAGAGUGGAGGACCCACGCUGGAUCGGCGCCUGGUGGGUGGGCUACCUAGUCAUCGGCAUGGGUAUCUUGCUGAGCGUGCUGCCCAUGUUCUUUUUCCCCAAGAAGAUACGGCCCAAGGCAGCCGCCAACAAAGUCGACAUCGCCGGACAGGAAGAUAAGGGCUUCAAGGCUGACGUCAAAGAAACGUUGCAGGCGCUGAACCGGCUUUUCAGAAACCCUGUCUACGUUCUGAGAACCUUCGCAAGCAUCUCUGCGUACAUCGCCCUGGCGGGCUACUACAUCUCUUUUCCUAAGUACACGGAGCAUCAGUUCUCCCAGACUGCGUCGCGGGCUAGUCUCUUCGCAGGGCCAACAUACAUCGUGUCCAACGUGAUUGGUACCAUUCUUGGAGCCAUCUUCGUACACAAGGUGAAGCCAAGUCCAAGGGUCGUGGCUGCGCUGAACGUCUUCGUCACCGUCGUAUCCAUCGGAGGAAUCGUGGCUCUCAUGCUCAUAAGCUGUGGUUCCAUUCACUACCCGGUUGUUCGUAAUGCCGAAGAACGGCUGACAAUAGAAAAUUCUUGCACAGCUGAUUGCGAUUGCUCCACAAGCAUUCAUCACCCAGUUUGUGAUCCCAACACAGAUACACAGUACUUCUCUGCCUGCUUCGCAGGGUGCCUGCCGGAAGCACCAAACCAAACGGAGUUUCGCGACUGCAGGUGCCUCCAGUCAGAACGUGGAGAAAGCCAAUUCUCCAUUGGACAGGUUAAGAACGGCAAGUGCGAGCAGGACUGCUUCGACGCCAUGAUGGCCUUCGCCGGAGUUGUAUUCUUUAUGCAAGUCGUGCUCUCAACGUCGCACGUAGGCUCCACCCUUCUAUUUCUCAGAGCCAUCGAGCCAAAGGACAAAAGCGUCGCACUUACAAUGAACUCGUUCAUCAUGAACAUGUUUGCCUUCAUACCGUACCCUCUCAUCUACGGGGCAGUCAUCGACGCUUCGUGCCUCGUGUGGGAAGAUCGCUGCGGGGAACGCGGCGCUUGCUGGAUCUACGACCUCCAGAAGCUCCGCUACCUCAUUCACGGAGUCACAACCGUCCUACUCGUCAUCAGUGCCGUGUUCCAGUGCGGCGUGGUAUACUACAGCAAAAUAAUCAAGAACUUCUACGACGAGGGCGAGACAGAUCCCCCGGAAGCGCUCGCGGGUGUUGCAGAUAAUUCAAAAGAAGGUCCAGAAAUCCACGAACUGGACGUUCAACUGCCUGAGCCCGCGAGGCAGCGCAAGACGAGCACCGAGAGUUGGGAGUUUCAAAAUUUCAACAAAAUGGUGAACGUUACUGAUUCUCUCUGAACAUUUGCUAGCGUUGGAUCAUCCUCUUUUUGACUUGCGAGGGGCGAUAAUGAAUGAUGAGCUUAGCGACGAUCAAAAAAUAUUAUCAUAUUGCCACCUACUCCGAUCUUACAAAAAAAAUAGAAAUGAACAUCUUAAUCUUAGGUAUGCGGGUCACUUUCAUCGUCUCUUUGCGAUCCUUAAAUAAAUAGUCAAAAUAUGCAGAUGAAUGGAAAUUUGCAUAUUUGUUUGGGUCAUUUACUCCAACCGAUGAGUAUGGUUCAUACAUAUGCAUAUUUCAACUUAAUCAUUGGCAGGAAGUCAGAAUUACGUGGUAUGCGUUUUUGCUUAGUCCAUCUAUAUGUGCGUAUGCAUGCAUUUUUUUUUUCGUUUUGUCUUAAGUGUUUCCACAUGUACAAAGAAAUAGAUACUGUCUGAGGAAUAUAUGAGUGUACCAAUAAUUUUCACGUAAAAAGUAACCCAAUAAAUGUAUGUUUUCUCGUCUAAUGCUUCUUUUCUUUUUUUUAAAACAUGCCAUGCAGAAGUCCCAAAUAAGCACUAUAACAGCUCCUGCUUAAAAAAAAAAAAGGCUGGAAAUUAAUUGACAUAAUAUCACAAAAUAAAAUAAUGACUGCCUCAUGCCGCAAUCUCUCUGGAGGAGCAUCUUCCAACACCAGUAUCGCGUUUCGUAACGACAGUAAUUUGUUUUACGUUACCGAGAUGAGGACGGAGUGAGGCAUCCUUUUUUUGUUUUCCCCGCGCAUCCUUCGCGCACAAUUUGCUGUCUGAACCUCCAAAGCGGAGGCCGGCCUUGUGGUCUGUCGCGUCGGGCCGGUACCUAAAGUGCGUGGCAAAACAGCCAGUUCUAAUACCCUACGAUGGGGUUCCUGCUCUUCUAUAUAUACGAACUUGUAUAAACGCACAGACUCACCCAUACACUCAAAAACAAACGAAACGAGGCACUAUAAAAAAUGAGGCGAAGUAUAUAGCAGCCGGCAUACAUUUAUUGUUCCUCCUGUUCUUCUCUUCGUGUUUCGCGGUGCAACCAACUCUUCCGGAUAAACCAACGCGUGCCAGCGCAAGGAGCAUGCGUACCUUCAGAUGUUCCGAGGGUGCGCUGCAUCGGGAUUCCUUGAAAACACCAAUCCUUUGUCUUACCUCAAUCAAAAAAGGCGUCCGGUUAUUGUGCCAUUGAGAUCUCGAUGCAGGGUUGUGAGAAGGGUUAUCGAGCAUGACACCGAUAACCCUUCUCAUUGCUAGAACUGAUAGCGCAUCACUUCGGAGUUUACAAAGUGUUUCAAACAUUUCUGAUAAAAAAAAAAUUCCCUUUUGGAAUAGUGUAUUCGACUGCGGGCGAACGACCGGUUACCAGUGUAAACUAAAAAUGAGCAUUUUAGUUACAUAAUAUUUUCCAAUUGUAAUCGAUGGUUGUUUCAAAUAAAAUAACUUCUUGAU